CUCAUCAAAUUGGAGAAUAAAGUGUAGGGUCCAUAACUCAGACAGCCCAAUAGCAAGAAAACGAUAAUGGCGGAUGUCUCCGACCCCAUAUAAUAAAUACCGCCAGCCCCAAAAGCAUUUUGCGAGCCAAGAAUUUUGAGAAAGCUACGUAGCAGUUAAGCGUACGGGAAAAAAAAUGCAGAUUUUCGUGAAAACCCUCACCGGAAAAACGAUCACGCUCGAGGUCGAAAGCAGUGACACAAUCGAUAAUGUCAAGGCCAAGAUUCAGGACAAAGAAGGUAUCCCUCCCGACCAGCAGAGGCUGAUAUUUGCCGGUAAACAACUGGAAGAUGGCCGAACACUGGCGGACUACAAUAUCCAAAAGGAAUCAACACUUCAUCUUGUUCUGAGGCUCAGGGGAGGAACAAUGAUCAAAGUGAAAACCCUUACAGGAAAAGAAAUCGAGAUUGAUAUUGAGCCUACUGAUACAAUCGACCGGAUUAAAGAACGUGUUGAGGAGAAAGAAGGCAUUCCUCCUGUGCAGCAAAGGCUAAUUUAUGCUGGUAAGCAGCUUGCAGAUGACAAAACAGCCAAAGAAUACAGCAUCGAAGGUGGCUCGGUUCUUCACCUAGUUCUUGCUCUCAGGGGCGGCAGUCUUUAGGUUUUAAGACUACAUUUCGGAAGAAAAUUUUAAACGAACAUUUAAUAUAAUGUACUCAGUGGAGAAUUUGGCUAAUUGUUUUGAACUCAACUCUUAUUGCAAUGUGUCAUUUUUCUUCCUUUUCUCGAAUUGACUGUUGUCGAAUUCUUGGAAUUGAAGUUGAUGUGAUCGUUAUCGGGUACAUUUUAAGCCAAUCAGACAGAUUUUGCUAUUCGUUGUUUUUAUGUCAUUGUGUUUCUCUGCAGUUGUGCAGGUUAAAACUUCUUC